UUUAUUUACGCCUACCUCCCAGCCCUUGGCAAUCUGACUAAUAACAAACUGAGCUAACAAGAAAGACUAGAAAGGGAGGAAAGAGAACAUUGCUGCAGCUUGGAUCUACAACCUAAGAAAGCAAGAGUGAUCAAUACCAGCUCUGUUAAACAUCUUGUUUAUUUGCUGCAUUCAGCAGCCUGCAAAUGGUUAACUAUAUGCAAAAAACUCAGCAUAGCUGUGAAGUAUGCUGUGAAUUCUAAUUGGGGAAGAAAAGGACAACUGCUUCAGGAUGAUCUAGUAUGCAUUCUGCUUGAAAUAUUUUCAGUGAAAUGCUCAGCAUUUUGUCUUUGAACAGAGGUUUUAACUUUAUGAAGCAACGGAAUUGCCAGAAAGUGAUAUUUCAGAAGAAAAUGCAUAGUGGUUGGUGCUUUCUUUUUUAAUAAAGAAACUGAAUUUAUUCUGAACAUCUCUUCCAGUUGUGCAUUACAGAUAACGCCAGGAAGAGUCUCUGCUUUACAGAAUCAGAUUCCAUCAUAUGACAACAUGAAGCUGUGGAUUCAUCUCUUAUAUUCAUCUCUCCUCACCUUUAUGGCCUCACAUUCAGAACUACAGGUGUCCUCAGACAGAGGAUCUUGUGAUUCUGUUUGCAAUUGUGAGGAAAAAGAUGGCAUGCUGCUAAUAAAUUGUGAAGAUAAAGGUAUCAAGAAGUUAUCAGAAAUAAGAGUGCCACCAUCACGACCCUUCCACCUCAGUUUAUUAAAGAAUGGCUUGACGAUGCUUCACACAAAUGACUUUUCUGGACUUACCAAUGCGCUCUCAAUACACCUUGGAUUUAACAACAUUGCAGAUAUUGAGACAGGUGCAUUCAAUGGCCUUGGCCUUCUUAAGCAACUUCACAUCAAUCACAAUUCUUUGGAAAUUCUUAAAGAAGACUCCUUUCAUGGACUGGAAAAUCUAGAAUUUCUACAAGCAGAUAACAAUUUCAUUACUGUGAUUGAACCAAGUGCCUUUAGCAAGCUCAACAGACUUAAAGUGUUAAUUUUAAAUGACAAUGCUAUUGAGAGUCUUCCUCCAAAUGUAUUCCGCUUUGUUCCUUUAACCCAUCUAGAUCUCCGAGGAAAUCAGUUGCAAACGUUACCUUAUGUGGGCUUUUUGGAACACAUUGGCAGAAUAUUGGAUCUCCAGUUGGAAGACAACAAGUGGGCCUGUGAUUGUGACAUACUGCAGUUAAAAAUCUGGUUGGAAAAUAUGCCUCCUCAAUCUAUCAUCGGUGAUGUUGUAUGCAACAGCCCUCCCCUUUUUAAAGGAAGCAUUCUAAGUCGUCUGAAAAAGGAAUCUAUUUGUUCCACUCCGCCAGUGUAUGAGGAACAUGAGGAUCCUUCAGGAUCAUUACACCUUGUUGUAACAUCCUCCAUCAGUGACAGUCGCCUGUCAACCAAGACCACAUCCCUUUUGAAAUUGCCUACCAAAGCACCAGGUUUGGUACCUUAUCUUACAAAGCCAUCCACUCAACUUCCAGGACACUAUUGUCCUGUUCCUUGUAACUGCAAAUUAUUAUCCCCAUCAGGACUUCUAAUACAUUGUCAAGAACGCAAUAUUGAAAGCGUAUCAGAUCUAAAGCCUCCUCCACAAAAUCCUAGAAAGCUUAUUUUAGCGGGGAAUAUUAUUCAUACAUUAGUGAAGUCCGAGUUGGUAGAAUACUUCACUUUGGAAAUGCUUCACUUGGGCAACAAUCGUAUUGAAGUUCUUGAAGAAGGAUCAUUUAUGAAUCUAACAAGAUUACAAAAGCUCUAUCUAAAUGGCAACCAUCUGACCAAAUUAAGUAGAGGCAUGUUCGUGGGGCUCCAGAAUCUUGAGUACUUAUAUCUUGAAUACAAUGCAGUUAAGGAAAUACUACCAGGGGCCUUUAAUUCGAUGCCUAAACUUAAAGUCCUUUACUUAAAUAACAAUCUUCUACAAGUUUUACCACCACAUAUUUUUUCUGGAGUUCCCCUAACCAGGAUAAACCUUAAAACAAACCAGUUUACCCAUCUACCUGUCAGUAAUAUCUUGGAUGAUCUUGAUUUACUGACCCAGAUUGACCUUGAGGAUAAUCCUUGGGAUUGCUCGUGUGACCUGGUUGGACUACAGCAAUGGAUACACAAAUUAAACAAGAACACAGUGACAGAUGACAUCCUCUGCACUUCUCCAGAGCACCUUGCCAAAAAGGAAUUGAAAGCACUCAAUAGUGAACUUCUUUGCCCAGGUCUGGUCAAUAAUCCAUCCUUGUCAACUCAGACUAAUUCCAUAAUUAUCAGUACUCCCACAACCACAACCACACCUGACACUCUUUUAAGAUCACUUACAGAUGCUGUCCCACUAUCUGUUUUAAUAUUAGGACUACUGAUUGUGUUCAUAACUAUUGUGUUCUGUGCUGCAGGGAUAGUAGUUCUUGUUCUCCAUCGCAGGCGGAGAUGCAAAAAGAAACAAGCAGAUGAGCAGAUGAGAGACAACAGUCCCGUGCACCUUCAGUAUAGCAUGUAUGGUCACAAAACCACUCACCACACCACUGAAAGACCUAAAGCAUCACUCUAUGAGCAGCAUAUGGUGAGUCCCAUGGUUCAUGUCUAUAGAAGUCCAUCCUUUGGACCAAAACAUUUGGAAGAGGAAGAAGAAAGGAAUGACAGAGAAGGAAGUGAUACCAAACACCUCCAAAGAAGUCUUUUGGAACGUGAAAAUCAUUCACCCCUCACAGGCUCAAACCUGAAAUACAAAACAAUGGACCCAUCCACUGAAUUUUUAUCUUUCCAGGAUGCCAGUUCAUUAUACAGGAACAUUUUAGAGAAAGAAAGGGAACUUCAGCAACUGGGAAUCACAGAAUACCUAAGGAAAAACAUUGCUCAACUCCAGCCUGAUGUAGAAGUACAUUAUCCUGGAGCCCAUGAAGAAUUAAAAUUAAUGGAGACACUAAUGUACUCAAGACCAAGGAAGGUAUUAGUAGAACAGACUAAAAAUGAGUAUUUUGAACUCAAAGCUAAUUUACAUGCUGAACCUGACUAUUUAGAGGUCCUGGAGCAGCAAACAUAGAGGGAGAGUUGGAGAGAUUCCACAGAAAUGCUGUGAUUCUGUCUUAAGUUCACAUCUUGUAUAUCAGUGCCUUACAUGAGGGAAUCAUCAACCAGAACUUAAGCACAGCAGUUACCUAGUAGGAAAAGAGAAGAAAAAGAAACUCAGGGAUCACUGGGAGAAGCCAUUGCAUUGUCUUCAGGCAAUUUUGUCUGUCCCCAAAUAAAUCUUUCCUAGUAAAGUGUUUAAGGAUUAGAAUACUACUUCUCCAUAUAAUUAAAAGUGUUUCAUAGAAGUCCUCUUCACAUCUAAAAUGGUUCAAUAUUUAAGCAGUGCUUAUUUUCUUGAAUUGCUUUACCCAUGGAUUUAAUGUAAAUGGAUUUUGUAAUUUCAAAAUUAUACCUGUAUAUGUGGUUAUAUUGUAGGAAUAUAUUGUUUAUAUAACCAGUAUGUGUACUGCAAAAUGCACAUUGUCAAAUGCACCUAAUUUUCUUGCAAUAAAGGCAAAAUGAACUGGAACUUUAACUUACAAAUAAUAGUAGUGAAAGCAAAUGGAAUGUUGAAUUAUGUAGGUUAUACAUGGCCCAGAACAUUGAAUAUUUGAAGAUUAAAAAAGUGUCACUGCUAUGCUUUCUGAAUUUAAAAAAAAAAUGAGUAAUAGUCAGGUGAGUAUGGAGAUAUUUUGAUUUUUCCGCACAUUUUGUGUGGACAAUAAUUAUGUCAAUGCUGCUGUGAACUAAGGUAUGUUAUUUGUGCUCAAAGUUUAAUUCUUAUUCUUGGGAAACUUUUAAAAUGCUACUGAUAUUCAACUGUAAAUAUGAUUAGUGCAUCUAUUAAGUUGGGUUUCUUUCAUAGGAUUAAUCUUUGUAAAUUUGAAUGAUCACGAUAGAAAUAUGUUUCUUGUGACAAGUGAUAAUUUACAGGCAUAAAACAAAUAGGAAAACAUUUUAUUUUUAUUGCUGUAUACUGUUAGUUGCCAUAAAUUAGUAGCAAAAGGCACGUCUAAGGGUAAGUGGUUUAAGUUGCCUCUAGAGUGGGACAAUGUAGCUUUAUUUUACAAGAAAGUAUAGCUAGAUUUAUACAAACUAUUUAUUCUGUACAGUUUUGUAUAUUUUUGGUUCACAAAGGUAAUUAUUCUUGGGUGCCUUUCAGAAAAUUAAAGAGACUGCUCACUUCAAUAAAACUAAAUUGAAAAC